AUGUUGAAGUGGGACACUCUUUCUGGGCGGUUCGCUCGCAGCACGGAGAGGUAUUGCAUUACUAAAUCAUCAACUGAGCCAAGUCUCAAAGACCAAAUAGAGAUAUUACGCAAUGAGAACGCUACUCUGCUACAGAAACUGAAGCUAUCGGAGGAAUACAGUGCUGAAGUGUCUCAGCGGAAAACAGAACUGGAAUUUGAAGUAUCCAAUCUUCAGGAUGCGAUAAACGCCUCAAACUCUAUUAUCAGCAACUACCAGCAAGAAAUCCAGCAAUGGACUUCUACUGUCAAGUACUAUGAGGCAUACUGCCAUCAAUGCACGGAUGAACUUAAUCAAGUGAUAUCCUCCUUGCAGCGCUUAAAGGAUUGUUUUGCACCUAUUAUGUGUGGAGAACUGCAAGACUUAAUAUGCGUAUCAUUUCUUUUCAUUCUGUAUGGAUAUAAUGAAAACAAAGACGCUAUAUCUACUCCUGUUUACCUUAUUACGCCUCGGGCAACUUAUACGGAUGUAGAAAGGCACUGGCUUUUCACAGUGCACGGGCAUGUGGUGAUGUCAAAAAAACAUGGGAUGGCCCAAUGGUCAGUAGCCUUAUAG